UGCAUCUGACGCCGUAUCUUCCAUCAGAUCUUAACUGGUGGCUGUGCGGUUAAUAUAAAGCCGGAUUUAAGAACAGUCGAGAAAGUGAAUUGACUCCCUGAGGUUUAUUCGUCGUGGUCAGAUUUAUUUUGUUUCCUACAAACCGCUGGGAAUCCUCCAAAAAAAAAGAGAGCCUGAAACAUCGUUACAAAAAUGAACGAGAGUGAGCACGGGUACCCACUAGAAGAGUACGACUUCGAGCGGCGUUUCGACGAAAGAGUGGCGUUUGAAUGGAUGCAAGAAAACUGGAGCAAGUCCUUCAUGUUCUGUGGCCUGUAUGCUGCAUUAAUAUUCGGGGGCCAGCAUUUCAUGAGGGAAAGGCCGAAGCUGAACCUGCGUCGCCCGCUGGUGCUGUGGUCACUCAGCCUGGCCAUCUUCAGUAUCAUCGGAGCGGUCAGGACUGCCAACUACAUGCUGCACGUCCUUACCACCAGUGGCUUCAAACAGUCGGUGUGUGACCCUGGCUUCUACAGCGCCCCCGUCAGCAAGUUUUGGGCCUAUGCCUUUGUCCUCAGCAAGGCCCCAGAACUGGGGGACACAGUGUUCAUCGUGCUCCGUAAGCAGCGCCUCAUCUUCCUCCACUGGUACCACCACAUCACGGUGUUGCUCUACUCCUGGUACUCCUAUAAGGACCAGGUAGCAGGCGGAGGCUGGUUCAUGACCAUGAACUACAUGGUGCACUCCCUCAUGUACACCUACUACGCUGCGCGGGCGGCAGGAAUGCGGGUGCCCCGGGCCUGUGCCAUGAUCAUCACAGCCACCCAGAUCCUGCAGAUGGCGAUGGGCCUGACCGUCCUGGGCCUGGUGUACCGCUGGAUGCACGAGGUGCGCUGUCCAUCCUACGUGGACAACAUCAUGUGGGGUACUCUCAUGUACCUCAGCUACUUGGUCCUCUUCGCCUCUUUCUUCUACAACAGCUACCUCAAGGGCUCCUCCAGGGAAAAGGGAACCAAGGCACAGUAGGCUGCUUUGAUAGGGAGGUGUCUGUACUACGCUGGGCAGUCAUAUUAAAGUGUGCCAUAAGUAGAACUGGCCAACAGUGAAUGGCCAUGAAUGUUUGAAACACAACUGGUUUACUGGUUGCUGGGUCCACCUCUUCUAACUGUGACAUUUACACUUGAAUUUUUUAGAAAUGUCAUGACCAUGGAUUCAUUAAAACACACACACACUGUAGUAGUAGAAUGUUAUGAAAGAGGUGACUGGGGAGCCAGUGCAUGGUUAGCACACUUUAAUAUGUGAUCUCAUGAAUAACAGGGAGUGCAGUACAGAAAUGGAGAUGAUAGAGGAAUGUCAUGUUUUUGUGUAACUAACAUAGUAGUCACUUGGUUUAAAUUAUUGCCUUUGUUUCUCAGACUAUUCACUAUCAAAUAUUUCCAAAAAAAAAAAAAGACUUAAGAGGGCCAAGGUUUUGUCAAGGGGAAA